AUGGAGGGGCUGGAGCUGGGGAGUCUCCUGGGGGUUCCUGGGAGGCGGACAGGCAGAUCUACCCAGCUGCUCAGCUCUGGGCCGUUCCUGCUCACUUUCUGCCCACCCCUGCCCGGGCAGAUCAGAAACCCGCCAUCACUGUCUGCACCAGCUGCUAGAGGUGGUGACGAUGAGAGCCGGGGUCACGUUCUCCCUUACCCACCUCACUUCAACCCAGCUGAGCGCAACCAGGAGAGCAAGGUUUGGUACACACACAGGGACUCUAUGAUUAAGCACCGGGCUCAGAAAGCUCCCCCUGGGCAGCACAGGCACUGUGAGAGAUGUUUCAACCGGCACUGCCGUGCACCAAUUGAGCCCUCCAUCUCCUGCAUGGUGAUCAGCUGCCGCUUUCAUUGUGGGGCCACCUUCCAUAUGUGCAAGGAGGAGGAGCACCAAUUGCUCUGUCCCUUAGAGCAGGUCUCCUGCCUCAACUCAGCAUAUGGCUGCCCUUUUUCCAUGGCCCGCUUCAAGCUGGCGAAGCACCUCCAGGUCUGUCCAGCCAGCGUUGUCUGCUGCUCGAUGGAGUGGAAUCGCUGGCCAAAUGUGGAUUCAGACACAACUCUCCACAAGAAUAUUAUGAAGGAGACCUUGAAUGAAGAGUGCUUGGACACAGCCUUGGCGCUCAGAGACCAGAAGAUACUUUUCAGGACUUUGAAAAUAGCUGACUUGUUUCCAGAGUGGAGGAAAAAGGAUGAAGUGGAAGAGCUAAUGGAUGAAGCCAUGGGUGGGGAAGAAGGUGCUGUGGGCGGAGUAGCCUCUGAUUCCCAAGGGGGCGACGGCCAGUUGACCGAGCUCAGCCAACGUGAGCGUGAACAGUUGGCAAAGGACAAAGAAGGAAUGGAUCUGGGGAGUUACAAAACCUGGGAGAACAUUUUCAGCAAAGAGCUCCAGGCUUGCAAGGUUACGGGCUCAGCAGUCAGCGCAGGACAAGAGACAGAGGAGGCUUCCAAGAAAACAGCGUCAGCCCCUCAUGCUGCCAGCUCCACAGAGAAGGCAAAGGAAGUACCUGACGGUACAGCAGAGGCAAAAGACCAAAAGCCUGAACAAGUUACACCAAAUACAGAAAUGACAGGACUGGCUCCCUGGCAAGAAGGGGUCCUGGAGAGGCUGAAGAAGGAAGUUGGUGUAGGUGAUUACAACAUGUAUCUGGUACAUCAUGGGGGAAUGCUCAUCCGCUUUGGCCAGCUAGCUGCUUGCACGCCCAAAGAAAAAGACUUUGUCUAUGGGAACUUGGAAGCUCAGGAGGUGAAGACUGUUUACACCUUCAAAGUGCCAGUCAGUUACUGUGGAAAAAGAGCACGACUAGGAGAUGCACUGGGCCACAAGAUGCCAACUUUAGACAAGUCAGUGGAUACCUCAGAACUGGGAAUAAACCUAGAAGAACUACCUAAGGCAAAUAUAGUUCAAGCCACACUGCUGUGUGCACUGGAAAAAGAGCUGAAAGGCCACGAGAUCUCCGAAGCAAGGGGUAUUGAUGGACUCUUUGUGGAUUUUGCAACACAGACAUACAGCUUUCCUCUGGAGCCCUUCUCCUCCAGUGCUGUUCUAGCAGAUAUUCUGGAUGAAGAAAGCCCACCAGAACUCCACGUGGAGCUCUACACUGAAUGUGUAACUAGAAGACACAACAAAAGCAGUUCAGCUUUCACGUUCACUUGCAGUCAUUUCUUCAGGAGAGACGAGUUCCCAUCCCACUUCAAAAAUGUGCAUGCGGAUAUCCAGUCAUGCCUGGAUGGGUGGUUCCAGCAUCGCUGCCCACUGGCCUACUUGGGAUGUACUUUUGUUCAAAAUCACUUCCGCCCUGAUGGACUUAAGGCCAAGGUUAUAUACAGCAAGCCUCUCAAGACAUUUGCUAUAAAGCCAGAGGUGGACACCCUCCUUGCUGAGUCAGGGAAGUGCAAUUCCACUGUGGUUAAUCGAGGGAGAAAUAAGGACUCGCUGAGCAGCCUCCCAGUGGAAGUGCUCAAGUACAUUGCGGGGUUCCUGGACAGCUUCAGUUUAUCUCAGCUGUCGCAAGUGUCAGUGCUGAUGAGGGACAUCUGUGCCACUCUUCUUCAAGAGAGGGGAAUGGUCUUGCUGGUCUGGGAGAAAAAAAGAUAUUCCCAUGGCGGUACUUCGUGGAAAGCUCGCAAAAAGAUCUGGCAGUUCAGCAGCCUGUUCUCCAGGGUUAACAAAUGGCAGCGCAACGACGUCGCGUGCAUGUCGGAGCACCUGAAGAAUUGUCCCUUCUACCAAGUGGAGCACAAGACGGACCCCGUGCUGCUGACAGGCAUGUGCGAGUCUCGAGAGCAGACUCAAAAGACUUUGGUUUCUACUUUCAAGCGCAGAGUCUGA